AUGGGCCUUUGUUUUUCAUAUCCUUCCUCUGCUUCCAAAACAGGUCUACACAGUCACGCCUCGACGAACCACCACAGUAAUGGAAUAGAUUACUCGUCGUCAACGGCAGCUACCACCGGCAGCAGCGUCGAAAGACGGAGCCAAUUCUCUGAGGUGGCGAGCGAGACUUCCGGUGGGACUUUGAGCAACUCCGGUCUGUUAUUGGAAUCGCCAAAUCUCAAAGUGUACAGCUUUCUGGAUCUAAAGACGGCAACCAAGAACUUCAAACCGGAUUCGAUGCUGGGUCAAGGAGGUUUCGGGAAAGUUUACAGAGGUUGGAUCGAUGCCAAGACUCUUGCUCCGUCUAAAGCCGGUUCCGGUAUUACCGUUGCCGUCAAAAGAUUGAAUUCCGAGAGUGUUCAAGGAUUGGCGGAGUGGCGAUCAGAAGUGAACUUCUUGGGGAUGCUUUCACACCCAAAUCUGGUGAAGUUAUUGGGAUACUGUCGUGAAGACAAAGAGCUCCUGCUUGUCUACGAGUUUAUGCCCAAAGGGAGCCUUGAGAAUCAUCUUUUUCGACGAAACGAGCCUUUUCCUUGGGACCUAAGAGUGAAGAUUGUGAUCGGAGCAGCACAAGGCCUUGCGUUUCUACAUAGCUCACAAAGAGAAGUCAUCUAUAGAGACUUCAAAGCCUCCAAUAUCCUCCUCGACUCGAAUUACGAUGCAAAGCUAUCGGAUUUCGGAUUAGCAAAGCUAGGACCAUCAAACGAGAAGUCUCACGUUACGACUAGGAUCAUGGGCACACAUGGUUACGCUGCUCCUGAAUAUAUGGCAACAGGACAUUUAUACGUCAAGAGUGACGUAUACGCAUUCGGUGUGGUACUACUAGAAGUAAUGACCGGGCUAAGAGCGCACGACACGAAACGGCCUUACGGACAAGAGAAUUUAGUCGACUGGUUAAGACCAGAUCUCUCAAGCAAACACAAAGUGAAACGACUAAUGGACAAAGGAAUCGAAGGUCAAUACACAACCAAAGUGGCGACCGAAAUGGCACGCAUCACUCUUUCUUGUGUCGAGCCAGACCCGAAAAAUCGACCGCACAUGAAGGACGUACUCGGCGUUCUCGAACAUAUCCAACGGAUCAACGUUCCGAGCCGUUUUUCCUCUAGGCCGGCCGUUGCUAGCUCUUCUCAUGCGUCGCCACGUCAUCGGUAUGGAUAUAGAGCUGGUGCUGCCGGCGCUGAACGGAGGAGGCCUUCGCCUGGACGGUUUGGAGCAGAUAAAGAUAUGGAUGGUUAA